AUGGACGAUUUACGAGCAGAGCAAGAGGGAACAAAGAAAGAGGGAGAAGUGUUAACACUUAUACAAUCAGUAAGCACAAGGUGGAAUUCUUGUCUUGACAUGUUGGAAAGAUUUAAUACAUUAUCAGCUAUUGUGGCUAAGAUUUUGGCAACCAGGCGGAAUGUACCUGAUAUGAUAACUUCUUCAAAGUUAAGUGUCAUACGAGAUCUUAUAAUGUUGCUUACCCCAUUUAAGUAA